AUGGCUGUUAAGUGCACGCACGUGACCCUGAGCAAUGGGGUACAGGUGCCACAGCUCGGCAUCGGCACGUGGGAGGCGAAGGAUGGCAAUGAAGUCGUGAACAUCAAGUGGGCUGUCAACGCUGGCUACCGCCAUGUUGACACUGCGCACUACUACAAGAACGAGAAGGGCGUUGGCCAGGGCAUUAGCGAAUGCGGCGUGCCGCGCUCUGAUAUCUUCGUCACGACGAAGCUGUGGAACUACGACCACGGCUACGAAAGUGCCCUCGCUGCCUUCGAGCAGAGUCGCCAAGCGCUUGGGGUGGAGUACGUGGAUUUGUACCUCAUCCACUGGCCGGGCCCCAAUCGCUCGUAUAUCGAGACGUGGCGUGCCUUCGAGAAGUUGUAUGAGAUGAAGAAGGUGCGUGCGAUCGGCGUGUCCAACUUUGAGCCGCACCACCUUGAUGACCUGCUGGCGAACUGCACGGUGCCACCGAUGGUGAACCAGGUAGAGAUGCACCCUCACUUCCAGCAAAAGGCGCUCCGCGCGUACUGCGCCGAGAAGAACAUUGCCGUGACGGCAUGGCGCCCUCUUGGCAAGGGUGCCCUGCUGACAGAGCCUCAGCUCGUGGAGCUGGCGGAAAAGCACAAGAGGUCUGCAGCUCAGGUCAUCAUUCGCUGGCUCAUCCAACUCGGCGUCAUUGCCAUCCCCAAGUCCAGCCACGAGGAGCGCAUCAAACAGAACUUCGACGUUUUCGACUUUGAGCUUUCACCCGAGGACAUGCGGAGAAUCGAGUCCAUGGACAGGAAUUCGCGUAUCGGGUCUAGCCCCGAGACCUUCUUCCCAACCGAGCGCAAGUAA